AUGCCCCGUAACGAGGAUGAGAGACUCGACGAGACCACGGCGCUCCUGCCUGCGAAGGAGCCCAAGCCCGUAACGCCCCUUCCCAGGCUGCAAAUCGGAAUCCUCCUCCUCCUCCAGCUCGCUGAGCCUAUCACCUCCCAAUGUAUCUAUCCGUUCAUCAACCAGCUCGUGAGCGAGCUGGAUAUCACGGGUGGGGAUGAGAAAAAGGUUGGAUACUAUGCCGGCAUGAUUGAGUCGGUCUUCUUCCUGACUGAGGCGAUGUUUGUUCUCCAAUGGUCGCGCAUCUCAGACUACAUCGGGCGCAAGCCUGUCCUUCUGACGGGGAUGGCAGGCCUUUGUAUGUCGAUGAUAUGCUUUGGAAUUUCCAAAACGUUCCUGCACUUGGUCCUUAGCCGCUGUUUGGUCGGGGCAUUGAAUGGCAAUAUCGGGGUCAUCAAAAGCAUGAUGGGAGAAUUGACCGAUUCGACUAACAUGGCGCAAGGCUUCGCGCUGAUGCCAGUCGUAUGGUCCGCUGGCGCGACCUUGGGUCCGAUGAUCGGUGGGCAAUUGGCGAAGCCCCACGACAGAUGGCCAAACCUCUUCACGGCUCCCAUCUGGACACAGUAUCCUUACCUCCUACCAUGCGCCGUCUCUGCGUCCUUCUCCGCGUUCACGUUCGUGAUUGCGUCUAUUUUCCUGAAGGAGACCGUGCAACGGAGGCAUAGCAAGCAGAAGUCUGUGCGCAUCCUCGUACAAGCCGAAGAAGACCCUCUCCUCCGAGAAGAGUCGCUCGAAGACCCCGCGACACUGCGCUCGCUCAUGGUCCGCCCCGUGCUGCUCUCGGUCCUAAGCUACGGCACGCUCUGCCUGCUCGACAUCGCCUAUCGCGCGAUCCAGCCGCUCUUCUUCAGCACGCCCAUCGCGCUCGGCGGACUGGGCUUCACGCCCGCUACGAUCGGGCUCGUCCUCGGCAUCUUCGGGCUCCUGAAUGGCUCCCUCCAGGCUCUGUUCUUCGCCCGCGUCAUACGACGGUGGGGCCCCAAACGCGUCUUCAUGGCGGGCAUGGCGUGUUUCGUGCCGCUCUUUGGGAUGUUUCCUGUGAUCAACGCUUUGGCGCGGCCAGACGGCCUGACGUAUAUCGUGUGGGCUGCCAUCGUGCUCCAGCUCACCAUCUCAGUGGUCAUGGACAUGUCCUUCGCUGCGUCUUUCAUGUUCGUGACGACCUCCGCGCCGAACAAACGCUCGCUCGGCGCAACGAACGGCGUUGCGCAGGUCAUUGCAGCACUCCUGCGUUCGGUCGGGCCGGCAUCAGCAACGUCGCUCUUCGCGCUCUCCCUCGAGCACAACUGGCUCGGCGGCAAAGCGGUGUACGUCAUCCUGAUGCUCACCUCGUGCGUGCUGUGGUUCGUGGCCAUCCCGCUGCCAUAUGAUGGCUGGACAAGGAACUGGUAG